CUACCCGUCUACCGUUUACGUCGAACACAUCGAAUACAAUUGAAUUUACUGGUAUUUGGCUUUGCCGUUUCGCACUUCGCGGUCGCGGUCGAAUUCUUUUUCGAGUUUCCCUCACCGCUGGUCUUCUCCGUCCGUCGCGAUUCCCAGUUUCGAAUUUCGACUCUUCGUGUCGUGUCAGCCGGUCGCGAGCGACGUAUGACAGGCAGUUAUAGCUCUUCUGGUACGUUCGCGCAUCUCUCACGAAGUGACGAAAAGAGGCCGUAAAUCUUUCUCAUCAGGCGUGAAAGACGCGGCUAAAGGCAGUGGUGAGUCAAGGCGGCAAGGACGUCGAUGUGCUCCACUGAGGAGUCGCGACGGCACCAACGACAGCGGCGGCAGGUGGGAGUAGCGCCGCUCCUCGUACCUGACUUUUAUGAGAGUAGGGAGCGUCGCGCAAUAUUCCGCGCAACCGACAUUGUGCGGGGAUCGAAGCUCUAACUAACGGCUAUCGGCCAAUUCGCGCAGAUCCGGUGAGUCAUUGUUAAUCGCCAGGCGUACGAAUCGCUGUUAAUCCCGUGAUUGAGGAUGGAUUCGCGGAUCCAGGACGCCUUCAACGACGUCCUCCUCAAGAGGGAUCACGACUCCGUUGACGAUUUUGAGCAUCUCGGUCACGACGGCUCUCCAGACGACCGUCCGGAGCAGCAGCAGCAGCAACAGCCGUCACCGCGGCCGAUUGACGCGCCACGUGUCGAUGAUUUGCUGCAUAUCGGCGAUUCCUUUCAGGAUUCCAUAUUACCCAGCGCGCUUCUUGACGCCGAAGCGAAACCCGUGCCGGCUACACCGCCGCCUUCCGCGGAUUUCGACAAGUGCGCGGCUAUGGCGCAAUCGUCGGACCCGUUCCAGCAGCCGCUGGACCCGGUCGAUCCCAAACUGGCCAGCAUGACAUUCGUCGAGACCGAGCGGGCCUACCGUCACCAGUUUCACGAUGACGAUGAUGACGACGAUGACAAUGACAACGACGACAACAAGGAGGAAGAAAUAAAUCUCCUGCCGCCGUUGUUACCGACCUCAACCGCGACCACCGUUCAAGCUGACAGCGACUUUCUGCUGUCGUCGUCGACGAAAGCCGUCGACAGCAAGGUGCAACCGAUCGAGGAACGCGAGGAUCCUGCAACACUGUUCACCGAUUAUGGAAAACGACAUGAGCGUGAUGUCACUCCGCUGGGCAGUACUAAUGUCAACGAAGAUUUUAUGCAGAGCAUUAGAUCGUCGAUGCUGCCGGCGCCGGAGAAAUCACCACUGAUAGAUUUCCUCGGAGACGACAGUGAGUCGUCAAGGGGGGACAAGAUUAAGAAUAUCACAGACGAUGACUCGUGGAACAUGGUCAAGAGAACAGACCUGAAGCGGGAACAGGCCAGGGCGUUCGAGCCACCGAUGAAACCGCUACCCCCGUUACCUAGAGAGGCGCAGCUCCUGGAAAAGGCACGCCAGGACGUGUACGAAACAUCGAGUGACUUCUUAGCCGCGGAGACCGCCAAGCCGUCACCAUCGCUACCGCAGCAAACCGUCGACUCGAAGCACGAGAGUGUCAAUAAACGGCGUGAAACGUCGAAACCCAAGGAAGUCGAUCAUGUCUCUUCUCGCCCGAUCGGCAAAAAGAAGCAGGAGAUCGAGAUCGCGCCGAAGGAGAUAUUUAGAGAUAUGGGAUUGGACGCAUGGUUUAACCCUGAAAGACUGAAUCCAAAAGUGGCAGCUCUGAUAUACUGGCGCGAUCCGAAAAAAUCGGGGAUCAUGUUCGGCACAGUACUAGGCGUGCUCUUGUCAUUGGCCUAUUUCAGUCUGAUUAGCGUGCUGGCUUAUAUGUCACUUCUCGCUCUUAGCGGAACCAUUCUUUUCCGUAUUUACAAAACUGUUCUUCAAGCAGUUCAAAAAACUUCGGACGGCCAUCCAUUCAAGGAUAUUCUUGAUCUGGAUCUGGCAUUACCAGCUGAGAAAGUGCAUGAAGUCGCGGAUGUUGCGGUUGCACACGCUAAUGCUGCCGUUAGCGAGCUGCGUCGACUCUUCCUCGUUGAAGAUUUCGUCGACUCUCUCAAGUUUGGCGUUUUGCUAUGGUGUCUUACCUACGUGGGUUCUUGGUUUAAUGGCAUGACUCUCAUUAUAAUUGGAGUGGUUGCUCUCUUCACGCUGCCUAAGGUUUACGAAACAAACCAGGAUCAGAUCGAUCAGAAUCUGGCCUUGGUGCAGGCGAAGAUCAACGAAAUUACCGCCAAAGUAAAAGCGGCAAUCCCUCUUGGUAAGAAGGCUGAGCCGACGAAGGAAGAAUAAAGGAGAGUCACGAGUGGCGAUAGUCCAACGGACAACCGAGACAGCAGAUAUAGAAAAGAUUAAGCAAACGAAACAAACGAGAGAAACGUGAAAAGUGAGAGAAGAGUUUGAGAGCGCGCGUGCGAGCAGACCAAUACACGACCGAGAGGAGACUUGCAUCAUAUUACGAAGAUCGAGUAAUCACGCGGGUAGUAUAAGCUGUUAGCGGUAUCUUUAAGAAUCUGUCCGCUGUAUUUCCGGAGAAGAAUAUCAAUUUCUCGAGGCAAAACGGUCGGUGAAGCCAAAUGGCUGCGCACGCGUACAUCGACAUUCUAAUCACGAGAGCAAUUCUUAUUGAGGAAGUAAACACCACGAGAGAAAAAAAGGAAAGAUAGAGAAAUGCCACACUUAGUGAUUAAUUAAUCAUUUAUUAUUACGGUAAAAAAGCGACGGCAUGUUUUCAGUCAGCCAACAGCAAUGCGCGCGGGGCUGCUCUCGAGAAUUGGAUCAGCCCUCCGACUCUCCCUUCCCCCCUUUUUCGUCGUACUCUUUGACAAAUGUGUUUUACAGUUAUCAUAAACUUCGUGUUUUUACCUACCCGAUGAUGUCCUUUGUUUUCCUCUUUGCGAAGAGAAAAUGAAAGAGAGAAAGAGAGAGAGAGAGAGAGAGAGAGAGAGAGAGAGAGAGAGAGAGAGAGAGAGAGAGAGAGAGAAAGUGAGCAAUAAGGCUGUAUGUGAUUUAUCUUAGUCCCGUGCUUCGUCAAAGCGUCGUAUUUCGAUUAGCUUGGAUCAUUGUUUAAUGGAUCGGGCGCUACUAAAAUAAUUAAAUCGCAUUGUAGCGAGGUAUAAUGAGAAAUGGGGGUGUCGAAAGAUAGUGAUACUUCAAAGAUUUAAUGGACAGGAAUGAGUGACGAAUACGAGAGAUGUCCAGCACAUAAAUAGAAUCGUUUAUCCCUAGCGAUAGAGAUCUUAAAGUAAUUAUCUAAUUUACAGCGAUCCCUCAUCAUCUCGAUGUUUUUAAGUUGUUGUGUUUGGGAGAAUUGAAUGGGAGAAUUUAAUGACGAAUUAAAUCGUGCAGAAACGUAUAUAUUGUAUCUGUCUCUCAAUAACGUUGACGUUUGCAUAAUAUUAUUGCUACUGCAUCAUUAACUGUAAUUAUACCGUUAUGUACGCACACGCAUUUUAUAUAUAUAUACAUCGUAUAUGCUUCUGCUCGUGUGCGUAUGUAUAUGUGUACAAACACGCAUGUGUGUAUAUGUGAAUGAAAAGGACGGUUAUCGAAGGAAAUGAUCCUAAAUAAUAACACGGCACGAAAUAUAUUUCAACGAUAAACAAUAAAGAUGCAACUUUAUAUCAUAAUAUCUAAUAAUUAUCGAGAACGCGUGUUUUUAUCGGGACCGCUGGCAAAAUGUUAAGAAUGUGAAUUGUAAUAUGCAUAUAUGCUUCUUCUCGUUUUCAUUAUUGCAUCUGCAUCCGCAUCCGCAUUAAUUUAUAAAUAAAUGAUAUUAAAUAAUAAAA